UUUUGCAUGAAGAGUGAUGCAAAGAAUGAGUUACGCAUCUCUGCUUUCUCUCCGUUGCCUGUUACUUCCUUGCCGGUUUCAACUUCCUCUAUCACUUCUCUGUUUAUAAGAAUUCAAUCCAGUAUGACUGUUCCUCUAGUUCCCUCCUCUACCUUUUGGACAACAAAGUUGUCAGCUAGGUUAGUUAGGAAUUGUUUAUUGUUUAUUGUUUAUUAUUAAUAGGAAUCAUAUAUUAUUGAUUAUUUCUCUGCCAUCAUUGUAUUUUCAGAAAACAACCCAGCACAACUUCCUUGGGUGGUGGGUUGCCUGUUCAAAGUUAAUCCUGAGGCAGAUUCAGCAUAUCAUUUAGCAGUCUACUGUAACAAAUUUUGAAGAUAAAAUCUGUUCUAAAUUGACCCAUAUAAUUGCUGCACAUAAAUUUAUGUGAGCAUGAACUAAUUAAUUUGUUAUUGUGGCCUGAUUGCUAUUGUUAGGGAGGAUAAGCAAGCUACUUUUUAUCUAUCAGUUUGCCCAGUAUGACUGUUAAGAUCUCGCAGGGACAGUGUAAUGUGACUAUGUUUUUUAAAACUGUAGGGUCACAAGAAUGACCAUUAUUGAUUUCUAUUUGGCCUCAUUGUGCUUAAUGAUAACCUCACAAGGUUUUUUUUUCUUCCUUCAACAUUUCCAUAAAGCCACUUGGGUGUGGUAGUUCAGAUAUUUGAUAUCCGUAUUCUUAUUUCCUCUUCCCAUCUUAAUCGGGGGAGAUUGUGCAGGUAUAUAACAGCUGUCUGAAGACCAGGAAAGUGGGUGCAGUCAGGAAACUGAAUUCAUACGAAACACUAUGAAUAGAUAGAUCUGAGGCCCAGGAAUUAAGCUGCCUUUACUGCUUUUGCAGCACCAGGCCUAAUCCAAGUUAUUAAUUGUCAUCUACAGUCAGCGCCCCCCAACUUUUUGGGCACCAGGGACUGCUUCCGUGGAGGAUGGAAUUUCCACAAACCAGGUGGGUGACUUUGAUAAGAUAUGGCGUGAACAUUGUGAGGAUGAAGAAACACUCUGUGAAUAUGCUGAGGCAAUGAAAAACUUGGCAGAUAAUCACUGGGCUAAAACUUGUGAAGGAGAAGGUCGCAUUGAAUGGUGCUGCAGUGUAUCCCGGGAAUAUUUUCAAAAUGGUGGAAAACGGAAAGCACUGGAAAAAGACGAGAAAAGAGCAGCUCUUGCUACUAAAAGCAUUCAAACUAUCAGCAUUCAUGCAAGUUCAAAAAAUGAAGUUUCUACUGAUAAUCCAAUCCAUAGUUCUGUAAUGGAUGAAUUGCUACAUCCUUCAGGAAAGAUAAGAUUACUUGAUGUUGGCAGCUGUUUUAAUCCAUUUUUGAAGUUUGAAGAGUUUUUGACUGUUGGUAUUGAUAUUGUCCCAGCUGUUGAGAGUGUCUACAAAUGUGACUUUUUAAACCUUCAGAUUCAUCAACCUCUUCAACUUGCACAAGAUGCUAUUAAUGCUUUUUUGAAACAGUUGAAGAAUCCUAUUGAUUCCCUGCCUGGAGAACUAUUUCAUGUUGUGGUCUUUUCCCUCCUCCUUUCUUAUUUUCCAUCACCCUAUCAGCGAUGGAUAUGUUGUAAAAAGGCCCAUGAACUACUUGUAUUAAACGGAUUGCUCCUUAUUAUCACUCCUGACUCUUCUCAUCAGAAUCGCCAUGCUAUGAUGAUGAAAAGCUGGAAAAUUGCUGUAGAAUCUUUAGGGUUUAAACGUUUCAAAUACUCAAAGUUUUCUCAUAUGCAUUUGAUGGCUUUUAGGAAAAUCUCACUCAAAACAACAAGUGAUUUAGUGAGCAGGAACUACCCAGGAAUGCUAUACAUUCCCCAGGAUUUUAACACUGUGGAAGAGGAGGAAUUUUCUGAUAAUUCCUGCUAUAUCCGAUCAGAUAUGGAAGAUGAACAACUGGCCUGUAGCUUCAUGGAGCUUCCAGAUGCUCCUUAUGAUUCAGACUCUGGAGAAAGCCAGGCUAGCUCGAUACCCUUCUAUGAACUAGAAGAUCCUAUAUUGCUUCUAAGUUAAUGUAAGAAUUAAAAUCUGCUUAAAGUACAAAUACCUUUUCCCGUAAAACUAAUUUUGCUAAAUCGCCAUCUGUUCUGCACAUGAAGCAUUUACAAAAAAGAACUGCUAAAGUUUUUGAAAACUUGUUAUUUUUUGUACUUAUAAAUUUUAAAACGUAUUCUUGUAUUGAAAAAUUAAUGUGUUUUAUGCAGAAUGGCUCAUGCCAUAGCAUGAACAGAGUUUACUUAGUAAUAUUCUAGAAAGUUACCAUUCCCUUUCAGUGCUGUGAACUGUGAUUAUGUAUUCUAUGCUGAUGUGCCCUGGUUUAAUACUUUUAAUGCUUUUGAUUGAGAUUCGUGAUAGCAUUUCUCAGAAGUUUGCACAAAAUAGAUGAUAUGCACUGUUAAACGUCUAAGAAAUAUGUUUAGAAAGCUUUGUUAGCCUUGAACUUGAACAAAAGUUUUGCUUGAGUUAAUGUUGAUCUGGUAAGUGAAAAUAACUCCAAAAUCACUUCACUCAACUUGUAUUUGCAACUGGAGCACUUUCACAAAAUACACAUUCUGUUACCUGUUCAAUCAGUGAAUAAUAUAUAAUGCACAUAAACAUAAACAGUUUUUUUGUUACCAUACAACUUGUGUAACCAUUGUUUCAAUUUCACUGCUUUACCAAAUGUUUUAAUCAAACUAAUAUGUUUAUCCUAAACAUAUAUAAAUAUUUUAGGAAAUGGGAGUAAUAGAAGAUUGUUGCUUAAUUCUUUGUCUAGAUGCCAGGUUAGAUAGCUAAUCUUCAUAUAAAGAUAUGAAGUUCAAAAAUUAAGAUUAAUUUCUUUCUUUCUAGUUAAAAAUGAAUGAUAAUAGAUUUUGCUUUAAGAACAAUCCCAACAUUUCUGUUCUUAGCUGCCUCAGAAAGUUACAUUCAAAUAUCUAAAGAUGGCUUCCUGACUUAAUAACUGAUUAAAUAAUUUAUGUUUGCAAAUCUGAAUGAGGAUGUAGCCAAUAUAAUUUGAAAUAAACAACAGAAAAAUGUAAAAAUCAAAAUAGUUUUUCAGUUUCAGAAAUGAUAUUAAUAUUAACCAUUCAUUUCAGGAAUACCACUGCUUAGUUUGAAAGGAAAGUGUUUUACUUACGAAAGGUUUUUUUUUUAUUACAAUGCUUUACCACUAAUUUUUUUGCACUGUUUCACAGCUGACUUUUAGGUUUGGUUUUUGCCUUGUGUGUUGAGUAAUUCAUGGUAUAAACCUUAUAUGUUAAACCUUAUCUAAAUGCAUUCACUGAUGAGACCUGAACUAAAUAAAAGACCACAAUUUUAGCUCUGAAUCAGAUUAGCAAAUCAUUUACCCCAGAGAUGAAGCAAAAGUUGGGUGUGGGUGAACUAUAUAUAUAUAAAGGGUCCUAGAAAGCUUGCAGCCAACAACAUGCUACAUCUAAGCAACUUUUUAAAUGGCCUUUGAAUAAAAGUAUAUGCUAGUCAAACAAAAGUUGCCUACUUCUAGUUAAAAAUUUCUUUUAACUAGAAUUUAAAAGCUUUCUCCUUUUAUAUUGUUGGAUUAGUUUAAAAAUAUGUUAGCUUUAUCCCUCUUCUCAUAAUAGUGUUUCCUGUUUAUGUAUUUAGAAUAUACACAAUGUACUGUUUAAUUAACAAAAAGUUCUCAAAACUACAUAGUAUGAUGCAUUUACGUUGCAUGUAUGUAUGUGGUAAUGUUGUUUCCAACUCAUUCUGAUGCCUAAUCCAGUUCAAGAUAUAUGUGGAUGAAAGAGCUUCAAGUUUAAAGGGUAGAUAUUGGCCAGUAAUACCUGAUGACUUUGUGGAAAGUAUAAUAUUUUUCCUGAAUGUUUGUGGAUAUGGUGAUGUUUUAAACUACUUUCUAUGUUUUACUGGAUAUAUUUUACUGGAUAUACAAAUUUCAAGACAGCUACGUAGAUCUGUCAGAUGUUCCAAGAAGGGGGUUCUUAGAAACACCAAGGGGUUAAUCUAGGGUUAACAAGGAAGACACCUUUUUCAAGUGUACCACAAAAUGUCUCAAUUUUUUCUUUUAUGUUCUCAGAGCACAUCAGGAUAAAUAUAUCAACAAUUUUCUGAAUAGUGUUGAUGUAUACUAUUUCAUUCAGUUUGCCUUUAAUGAUCAAGAGAGCAAAAUUGCUAUUGUUACAUUAUUAAUAGAGAAUUUGAGAAUAUAAAAUCAUAUUUUAUAACAAAAGCCAUAAUAAUGCUUGGUUAUAUUUAUACACAACCUUGAGAGCAACUGUUUAUAUAAAUCAGUACUAACAUAAUACCAAAAAGGGAUUUCUCCCAUAUCAGCCAAAUAAUACCUUGCUCUGGAAGACACUGAGUUAGCAUUCUGUGGAUUGCUUUAUUGGUUGUACCCUGAUUUUAUUUUUAAAUAUGUUUACAAACUAGUGUAAUGUUUGAAUCUAACUAAUAGUAACUUAUUCAACAACUUAGAUUAAACUGACGUCUUGUACCUCUUUGCAACAUGAUUAACCUUUAGGUCUUUAGGAUUUUUAUAUUUUUGUGUUUAAAAAAACUAAAUACCAAGCAUCAAUUGCAGUUCAUUCAAUCUGGUGUAUUUGCUCAUUAAAAUGUUGAAUUCUUAUGUA